AUGCCAUGGAGCUACUCAGCGCCUGAGCAGAGGAGACUGCAGAUGCAGCGAGUGGCUCUAUGGCUGGGGUUGGUAUACAGCGGCGUUGCGAAUGAUUGCAGCAAUUGCGAACACUUCCCACGGAUUUGUGACGACGUGGAGUACUGUAUCGAGAACUGCGGAACUUUGCGCACUUAUGAGGGGCACUGUGCCAAGUUAAGGUCCUUUGAGUCUCAUCCACAGCCCAUCAAGUUCGAAGACAACAUGCCGAGACGAGCCCAUGAGGAGAGACGUGAACAGUACGUUGACGAGCGAACUGUGAUGAGGCAAAUGAUGUCACCUGAGGGCCAUGGUCCUCGAAGAUCAGAAAUGUGA